GGGACAUUUAGGCUGAAACACAGCCCAUACGGUAGGUGGCGACAUGCACCUAUAACAUUUGUUUGUGAACCGCCAUAAUACUGAAAGAGAUGGAGAAGAAGAACAACAAAACAGUUGCACUGGAAUCACAGCAAACUACGCGUGACAUAAUAACCAUCAAUAUUUCUUAUACUUAAAAUUAUCUAGACAAAUAAUUACAAUUAAUAAUUAAAUGAAUUCACUAGAAACCACCUGUGAGGAACAUACAGUAAGUCAAUGGUAAGGGAUCGUGGAAUUCAGUCAGUUUAGCACAAGGGGCGGUUUAUAAGCGCCAAAUCUGAUUGGCUCUUUCCUCAUUCUCCAUCCGCAAACGAGAUCCCGGAAGUUGCCCCGAGAUGAGUAGCUGUUUUCUGGAUGAGGAGACGUUCUGUCAGUGCUGUCACCUUCUCCUCCAACACUCCCACUCCCUCUGUGACGGCUGGAGCUGGGAACAAGUGAAGGGUUCUGAGGAGGGCUACCUGAGGAAGACUGCCCUGGGGACCGGCAGAACCAGAUGUAACCUGGACCAGCAAGGAAACAGUUCAGACCAGCACCAGGAGAGGACCUUCUCCCUCUCUUUCCAUGAUGAUGAUGAUGAUGAUGAAGAUGAUGGCGCAGUGUGUUGUAUACAGGAGGAGAGCAGUAGUAGCAGUGUCGUUCAGUAUGAGUACCAUAUCCUCUACUCCUGCAGCUACCAAACUCCUGUCCUCUACUUCAGAGCCUCAACCCUGGAGGGUAGGAGUCUCUGUCUCGAGGAGGUAUGGGACAGUGUUCAUCCUAACUACAGACAGAGACUACAGCACAGACCCUGGGACACCAUCACACAACAGGAACACCCGUUGCUAGGCCAGUCGUUCUUUGUGCUCCACCCCUGCAGGACAGAAGAGUUCAUGAUGCCUGUUCUAAAAGCUGCCCUGGAAGAACACCGACAGGUGAACUACAUUGUGACCUGGCUCAGUGUGGUGGGUCCUGUUGUGGGACUGGACGUUCCUCUGAGCUACUGUACGCAGGUACCUGAACCCCCGCACACCCCCUCCAGCUCUCCACAGCCCCCAGCCCAGCUCUCCACAGCCCCCAGCCCAGCUCUCCACAGCCCCCAGCCCAGCUCUCCCCAGCCCAGCGCUCCACAGCCCCCAGCCCUAGGGACAAAGCCAGGCUGAAUGGUUCUCCCAUCUAGCAUGGACAGCACAUAAUUCCAAAGCAAAUUUCCAUUGGAGCCAGAUUUGACAUCAGCUUGAGAUGUGUUGAUGAGGUCUGUCCCCAGUGGGCAUGAGAUGGAGGACAUGGCAGCUGCUUUUCACAGCAAGUCUCUAGAGAGAACUGUUACAUGAAGCACUGCUGGCACCUAGUGGUGAGAAACAUUACUGCAACUCUACAGGCCUGUCAGAACUGCUAGGUUGAAUCAGGUGAUGGAUCUGAGAAGAGGGAGCGAGGAUGACUUGUAGAUCUGGGACAGGGUCUUACUAUGGGCUUCAGUGCUGAUACCUGUGAAAGGGUGAAACAUGACACUUCUCCUUUUGUCAGAGCAGACCUGGUCUUAGGAGGCUAGACAACCACGGCGCAACGAAAGAGAUGUCUAUUGAUUUUUAUGGGAGCUACUCUGUACUUGACAAAGUUGUUUUGGAACAAGACAAAUGAGCGUCUAUUGUCCCUGGAUAGGGGACUGAAGAUGACGUCAGAUGUAACUUGUGUUCCCUAUGACCUCAAACCUUUUUAAGUACACCUCUCAUUAUCACCUAACAUGUCCAACAAUCAUGUCGGAACUUUUUGAUUUCUUUGCAAUAAAGUUGUUGACAAACACACCGUU